UUACAGCGCAUACGCCUAAAAUUGCUGUCGGUUAUAUUACCGCUUUCUGCCCUUCAAAUGACACACUGCUUCUGCACAGACCCGAGUGAAUAGACUUGCGAAGACAUGAGUAAAAUCGGUAUCAACGGUUUUGGCCGUAUUGGCCGUCUUGUAUUUAGGGCUUCCAUUGAGUUUGGUGCUCAGGUUGUUGCCAUUAAUGAUCCCUUCAUUGGUUUAGAAUAUAUGGCAUAUAUGUUAAAAUAUGAUUCUACGCAUGGAAAAUUCAAAGGAGAUGUUAAAAUUGAAAAUGAUCAAUUAAUUGUUAAUGGUAAUGCAAUUGCUGUAUUUAGUGAACGAGAGGCAAAAAAUAUUCCAUGGACAAAAGCUGGAGCUGAAUAUAUUGUAGAAUCCACUGGUGUUUAUACUACUAAGGAAAAAGCUUCUGGUCAUUUACAAGCUGGUGCAAAGAAAGUUGUUAUUACUGCACCAUCAGCUGAUGCACCCAUGUUUGUUUGUGGUGUUAAUUUGGAUGCUUAUGAUCCAAGUUAUACUAUUGUUUCCAAUGCUUCAUGUACUACCAAUUGUUUAGCCCCUCUUGCUAAAGUUAUUCAUGAUAAUUUUGAAAUCGUUGAAGGUCUUAUGACUACUGUUCAUGCUGUCACUGCUACACAAAAAGUUGUUGAUGCACCUUCUGCAAAAUUAUGGCGAGACGGUCGUGGUGCUUGUCAAAAUAUUAUACCUGCUGCAACUGGAGCAGCUAAAGCUGUUGGCAAAGUUAUUCCAGCUCUUGAUGGGAAAUUGACUGGUAUGGCCUUCCGUGUACCAGUACAUAAUGUAUCAGUUGUUGACUUAACAGUCAGACUUGGCAAAGGUGCAGACUAUAAAACUAUAAAAGCUAAAGUAAAGGAAGCCUCUGAAGGACCAUUGAAAGGAAUUUUAGGAUAUACGGAAGAUGAAGUAGUUUCUUCCGAUUUUAUUGGUGAUGACCAUGCCAGUAUUUUUGAUGCUAAAGCUGGUAUAGCUUUGAACAAUAAUUUUGUUAAGUUAAUUUCAUGGUAUGAUAAUGAGUAUGGUUAUUCAUGUCGUGUAAUUGAUUUAAUUAAGUACAUGCAGUCAAAAGAGAAGUAAAUUAUUUUGCAUAUUUAUAUGUAACACAUUUUCAUGUUUCUAUGAGCAUAUCGUUGUUGCAUGUAUACAAACUAAAUAACGUUAUGUUUAAUCAAUAGAUUCCAAUCAUAAAUUAAAAUGUGAAAUAAGAGUAUUUUUAGCAGAUUUUUUUUGCACAUAAAAUAGUUAUAACUAAUAUUAUAUAGAUAUCAAUCAGAAGAAGUACAAAAAAAAACAGUUUUUAAAGUUUGUUAAAUUUUCGCUCAUGAUUUUUAAAUACGUUCGUAAACAGUAUAAAAAAUAUGAAUGCAAAUAUAUAUAAUUUACAUAGUUACAUAUAGAAUAUGCAAAAAUUAUUCUGGUAUCAUAUAUUAACUAAAAAAAUAAUUAAAAAAGUAAUACAAUUAAAAAGUAAUUAAUAAAAAAUAUAUUAAUUACGAUUAAUUAGAAUUAUUAAAAAAGUAAUGUAUGUUACAUUUAAUUAUUCUUAAUCAUUUAUUCAUUUAUCCACAUUUAUAAUUUAAAAUAUUUCCGAUUUAUUUCUGUAGUAUUAUUUGUCAUUCAACUUAUUGAUAUCAAUAAAAAUUGUUAUGAAACUAA